AAUAUACUGCAGGGUUCACGCAGCAUAGGUCACAGGGCCAUCACUCCUAUCCAAUUCCUUCGUGAGAAUGAUUCGACUUCGAGGCUGGUACGGUGAGUAUACAAUCGGGCAUUAACCUAUCAGUAGCUGAGAAUUACCUGCUUCCGCUGUCCAACACGUUCCCUACAGGUAUAGGGUGAUAUCGCUUAUAAGUGAGAUGCCAGUUGAACACCACAUCGGUUAACCUUCCCACCCUGAGUCAAGGACAGUUAUGCCACCACCACUCUGGCUCAAACAUAUAAUAGGAAAAAAUACAAUCUUGAUACGUUAUGGGCCAAUAGCGACAUUGGCGACCAUCUUUGCCUUGCUUGGAGGGCUCUCUAUCUAUCUCACACAUAUGUAUCUGGAUGCGAACUUUUGGAUCCAAGUGAGCAUGGAUGAUAAUACGUUGAGUUCUUUCAAUACAUUUUCCGUUCACUGGUCUCUUGUUGGCGCCUGUGGACAUCAGUAUACAGGCUCAUCGAAUGAUAAUUGUAUUCAAAAUCAAUUCGUCAACAAUGUCGCCUUGUAUCUGAACGUUCUGAACGAUGCAACCUGGAAUGUAACAGCUCCAAUCGGCACGUUUGAUUCAUCAACGGUACAAAAUCCUCCGCCAGUGAAAUACAUACCCGGAAGAGAGAAAUUACCAGCAGAAGAAUAUGAUGCAGUUUUGGCCAUCGAUCCCUUUCUUCCGUAUACACUACAAAAGCAAUUUUCGAUUCUUUAUUACCCAUUUGAUCAGCAUUCUGCAUAUGUAUCGCUAUUGGCCAUUGACACUGACAGCAAUCAAUCACUGCCAAUAUCCGGCGUAAUUGGAUAUGGAAGUAUGGUGGGUUGGAUCGGUUUCAGUGAGUUUUACCCGACUACAGUAGGGGGCGAGACCUUGUAUGCGCUGUCCCUAACUGUUUACCGACAAAAAAUGGUCAAGGUGUUUGCCCUUCUCCUCGUUGUCACAAACUGGGUUCUCUCUAUUACUAUUUUAUGGAUGACAGUCCUGGUGAUAUUCCGUGCGAACAUUAAUGAUGGCCUUAUCUUGACCUCGACAGCAGUCCUUUUUGCCCUUCCACAGAUCAGGGCCAGUAUGCCAGAUUCUCCGCCAUUUGGCGCUUUCAUCGAUAUCGCAGGUUACUUCAUGAAUGUCGGUCUCGUCAGCCUCUGCACAUCAAUUCUCCUUUUCUCGCAAUUACAGUACCAUUACCAGCCAGUGGCCAGGGAAUGAAAGGAAGAUUGGUGGGUCAUGACUCUAGAGUUUGACGCGGUCGAGAAAAUUUGUGCUUGUGGAUAGCAUAUUGUACCGACUAUCAACCUGCUCUUGAAAUCAUUGAUUCAGCGCUCAUUGUCGGAUUUAUUUGCCUGUGAAGGAC